UGUUCUUCUCUUGACGGGUCUUUUGGUCGUACCGAGCAAUGCUACUCUUUGUUAAGUAAAGUGGUGAGAAUUCUUGCUCUGAAACCAGAUCUGUUCGAUUAAAUGGAUAUAAUCGCCUAAGCCGAUGCCAUUCGCUUCUGCAAGAUAAGUAACUGGCGAACAGUUUGCUUGCGAGACUACUUAUUUCGUAGUUCGCUGACGCUAGCGUGUUAGCUUGCUCAGACAACAGCUGCAGUCCGAGAGAGGAUGUCGCUGCACGGCAAGAGAAAAGAGAUCUACAAAUACGAGGCGCCAUGGACGGUGUACGCGAUGAACUGGAGUGUGCGUCCGGACAAACGCUUCCGUCUGGCGUUGGGAAGCUUCGUGGAGGAAUACAACAACAAGGUCCAGCUGGUGGGCCUGGAAGAGGAGAGCUCAGAGUUUGUCUGCAGGAACACAUUCGACCAUCCUUACCCCACCACCAAGAUCAUGUGGAUCCCCGACACUAAGGGUGUGUACCCCGAUCUGCUGGCCACCAGUGGAGACUACCUGCGCAUAUGGAGGGUCAGCGACACAGAAACACGCCUUGAAUGUUUGCUGAAUAACAACAAGAACUCAGACUUCUGUGCUCCCCUCACCUCCUUUGAUUGGAAUGAAGUUGACCCUAAUCUGCUUGGCACGUCCAGCAUUGACACCACGUGCACCAUCUGGGGGUUGGAGACCGGCCAGGUAUUAGGACGGGUCAACCUGGUGUCUGGACAUGUGAAGACCCAGCUGAUUGCUCAUGACAAAGAGGUGUAUGACAUCGCAUUCAGCCGCGCAGGAGGCGGAAGAGACAUGUUCGCCUCUGUCGGAGCUGAUGGAUCCGUCCGAAUGUUCGACCUCCGGCACCUGGAGCACAGCACCAUCAUCUAUGAAGACCCCCAGCACCACCCGCUGCUCCGCCUCUGCUGGAACAAACAGGACCCCAACUACUUAGCUACUAUGGCUAUGGACGGCAUGGAGGUGGUCAUCCUGGAUGUACGUGUGCCUUGCACUCCGGUGGCUCGGCUGAACAACCAUCGCGCUUGUGUCAACGGCAUCGCCUGGGCCCCUCACUCCUCCUGUCACAUCUGCACUGCAGCUGACGACCACCAGGCUCUGAUAUGGGACAUCCAGCAGAUGCCUCGGGCGAUCGAGGAUCCCAUCCUGGCCUACACGGCCGAAGGGGAGAUCAACAACGUGCAGUGGGCCUCCACGCAGCCGGACUGGAUCGCCAUCUGCUACAACAACUGCCUGGAGAUCCUGCGCGUCUGAACCCCAUGAACACUUCAUGAAGAAGAGCAGGAGCGUUGUUUCCGAUUCGGACUUAAUUUUUUCAGUCCUCGUCCUGCGCCACUGAGAAGGAUGAGGUCACAAGUGAACUUCCUGAACGUGUUUGGAGUGUGACACCACCUGCUCCAACAAUAACCUGGUUUACAUUUUCUCUUCAUCUCCUCCCUCAAUUCUUCUUUCUUAAACGUGUUAGAGCUAUUAUUUAUUUGCUCACAAGGUAGUGUCCAUCUUCAUCUGCACCGCAGCUGUAAGAAGCUUAGAGCAGUUAUCUAUUAAAAUCUACUUUUUAUACUUGUUGGUGUGAUUUCAGCCAGCUGUGAGAUUAUCAUGAAGGGUUUUGAUGUAGUGUGUUUCAUCUUGUUUGAUUUGUAAAGAUUGAUGCAAACUACUGUAAGUGGCAGAAGAUGACCUCUUUAUUGUACCAAUUUGUUGUAAUGUGGACUCAAAAGAUCAGUACAUGAAAGUCUUGUUUAACCCUGGUGUGAUUAAAAGUUUCAUCAAGA